CAGGGCCCAGCUCCAGACCUCCCCCUUCAAGUUACCUCCCACUUGUAUGUUUUUUACUACUGGCUGCCAAAGUUAGUUUAGUUUCAUCUUUGCCAGAGCCUCUUUGUGUAGGGAGAGGAGGCAAGGCUGCUCACCAGAAGAGGGCCUGGGAAUGGCUGCCCCAACCGUAGUGACGAUCCAGCCCCAAUUUGGCGCGGCCAUGUCCUCUGUCUCGAGGUGCACGUGGCAGACAGGCCUGAUGGACUGCUGCUCCGACUGUGGCGUCUGCUGCUGCGGGAUGUUCUGCUUCCCCUGCCUGGCAUGCCAGGUGGCUGGGGACAUGAACGAGUGCUGCCUGUGUGGGACCAGCGUGGCCAUGAGGACCCUGUACCGCACCAGAUACAACAUCCCGGGGUCCAUUUGCUCUGACUACUGUGUCACCCUGUGGUGCACUGUUUGCUCUGUUUGCCAAAUGAAGAGAGACAUCAACCGCAGGAGGGAGCUUGGCAUAUUCUGAGGCUGCCAUCCUCGCUGCAUCCUUGGAGCUGCUGCAAGCAGGAGUCACCACUGCUCUGACUGUUGGGAAAUGCACCAUGUGGAGCUUGCCUUGACUGCAUUUGAUUUUCCCUACUUAACUGCAGAAAUAAAGUUUUGAGUUUGUCUUCCUACCUCUGUGUA